UGUCCGGCCGACCAGCCUGCCUCAGGCCAGGGCCCCACGACUCCCUGCUGUGGCACAAGGGGCUGUCUGUGCAGCUGUGGUCGUGGGAGGGUGUGGUGAGGCCGUGAAGGUGGGGACGGUGCCUGGGCCUGUGGCCGCCAGAGCUGCUGAGGCUCAGGAGGUAGCACCAGGCCCCGUGGGUGCUGCCGGGGCCAUCGCCUGCCCACCAUGGGGACCCUCAGCUGCAACCCCGCCCCACGGUUGGCCACAGCCCCCCUUGGCCGGCGAGUGAUGGAGGGCCAGAUUCCGGAGACCGGCCUGAGGAAGUCUUGUGGGACGGCCACCCUGGAGAACGGCUCAGGGCCAGGCUUGUACGUCCUGCCGUCCACUGUGGGCUUCAUCAACCACGACUGCACCAGGGUGGCCAGUCCCGCCUACUCGCUCGUCCGGAGGCCCAGUGAGGCACCACCUCAGGACACCAGCCCGGGCCCCAUCUACUUCUUGGACCCCAAAGUCACACGCUUUGGCCGCAGCUGCACCCCCGCCUACUCCAUGCAGGGCCGGGCCAAGUCUCGGGGUCUGGAGGUGACACCAGGCCCUGGGGCCUACAGCCCAGAGAAGGUGCCCCCUGUGCGCCAUCGGACACCACCAGCUUUCACCCUGGGCUGCCGUCUCCCUCCUAAGCCCCUGGACACCUCAGCCCCUGCCCCUAAUACCUACACCAUGCCCCCUCUGUGGGGCUCACAGAUCUUCACCAAGCCCAGAAGCCCCAGCUACACGGUGGUGGGCCGCACACCCCCUGUCCGCCCCCCGCAGGAUCCUGCCGAGAUACCAGGCCCGGGCCAGUACAACAGCCCGGACGCCAACACCUACCGCCAGCGCCUGCCCGCCUUCACCAUGCUGGGGCGGCCCCGGGCCCCGCGCCCCCUGGAGGAGACCCCCGGCCCAGGCGCCCACUGCCCAGAGCAGGUCACCGUGAACAAAGCCAGGGCUCCAGCGUUCUCUAUGGGCAUCCGCCACUCAAAACGGGCCAGCACCAUGGCCGCCGCCACGCCCUCCAGGCCUUCGGGGCACAGGCUGCCCGGCUGCUGCUGCUAGGCCAGGCUUGUUUCCCACACGGUGAACGGGGGCGUGGGCGGGCCUCUCCUGGGGCCUGGCGUUUGUUGGAGGGGCUAGAAGCCGAGAGGGACUGGGAAAGGAGUAUUCCCUUCCCUUUCCUGAACUGUCCGGGUCCUUCUAGGAUACCUGAUCCUUCCAGUCCCUGGGGGCUGUGACCCGUGGCCCUCUGCAGGGUGCAGGGUGAGUCUCCUUCCAGUGCCCCAGUUUCUUCCAGUUUCUUCCAGGUCACACCAGGCCAGGCCAGGCCAGGCGGGGAAAGGGACACCUUCCGGCCCUCCCCAGUAGCUGGCUGGAGAUGGAGCUUCCUGUGUCCUAGAACUCGGCGUCCAGCCCCACUAGGGCCUGGGUCCUCAUCACAGCUUGGGUUUCUGCCACAUUCGGACUCUUCCCUGUCUCAUGGAAAUGUGGCCACCAGCCCCGGUCCCAGCCCAGACUCAGGCUGGAGGCAGCCCUGAGGCCUGUGCGUUUCCCACUCCACCUUCUACAGUUGCUUAGCCAAUAAACCUUUCCCGGGCCGCAAAGCUGUCAGCAUCAUACCGGCUGGCUCAUUUAAUGUGUCUACUGAUGUCACAGAAAGGAGACACAAACGCUGCCCUCCAGACCCAGACCCAUAGCCCUCCGGUGCCCAGGGGGUCUGAGAGACCACGAGAGGACCCAGGGCGAGGGGAGGCUGGAGGUGGAGCCAAGCUUUUGAGCAGGGAGCCAGGUAGGCUUCCAGGAAGAGGGAAUAUUGAAGCGGGGUUUUGAAGGAUGUAUAGGAGCUUGAUGUAUUCUGAUAUCUGCCAUCAGUAGCUGCUUGCUAUGUUUUGGAUAUUAAUAAAGAUCAUCUAUGCUUCAUAGCAACUCGGGACCAGGUGGCAUUUACGGAGAGGAAAUGGUGCUUUGGGGAGACCAGACAUUUGUCCUGGGGUGUGCUGCCAGCCCCCGCCUCAGUCUGAUGUCAGGAUUUGAACCCUGGAGGUUGGACUCAGUUUCUGCCACUGUCUCCUAGCAACAGGAAGGAAACCCACUGGUGGUGGCCUGUGACUGAGCCCUCUGUGUGCCAGGGAAGGAUGGCACCGGGAUCACCAUACAAACCUCCCAUCCAAAAAGACUCUAAUCCCGGAGCUUGGGAGGGUCGGACGCUGCCCUGGGACCUCUCUGAGGGAUGCCGCCCGGGAGGCACGCAGGGCACAGAGAAGGGGUGGUGGGGCCGCCCUCUCUUCACCCUACAGCCCUCAGCCUGGGGCCGCCAAACCUGACCCAUCCUUCACCCAGUAGGUGAACACACCCCGGACCCUGCAGCCUGGAUCCCCUGCGUAUGUCUGGACACGCGCCCAGACAC